AAUUUGUUGUGUACGUCUCGCGGGCGUAAAAGGCUAGUUGACAAAAGAGACUGGUUAACAAAGAGGCGAGCGGAAGCGUCAGGCAAAAACAACCCAAGCAGCCGUGGUGCGGCAACUGAGAGUGAGCGAGGAGAGAGAAAAUGGAGAUGGAGUUGGAAGGAGGUAAGGCGAAGCCAUUGACAUACAAAAUCAAAGCAAUGUCUCGAGAAACUUCUACUCAGAAAGCCAUCAAUGUCCUUGACGCCGACCUCCGCAAUUACUGGUCCACUGGUACCAAUACCAAGGAGUGGAUCUUACUCGAGCUCAGUGAACCGUGCCUAUUAUCUCAGAUACGGAUACACAACAAGUCUGUUCUGGAGUGGGAAGUUGCAGCAGGCUUGCGUUACAAGCCUGAGACAUUUGUAAAGGUUCGUCCACGAUGUGAAGCACCUCGACGAGACAUGAUUUAUCCCAUGAAUUAUACCCCAUGUCGAUAUGUUCGGCUAUCUUGUCUGAGAGGAAGUCCAAUUGCCAUCUUCUUCAUCCAGUUGGUCGGGAUUUCAGUGCCUGGUCUUGAACCUGAGUUUCAACCUGUGGUUAAUUACCUUUUGCCACAAAUUGCGACACAUGAACAGGAUUCUAAUGACUUGCAUCUUCAGUUGCUUUCAGAAAUAACAGAUCGGUUGCAUGUAUAUCUUCCUCAACUUGAGUCAGAACUUACCAAAUACACUGAUGAUACAGAGACUAGCACUCGGUUUCUUGCUAUGCUUGCUGGUCCAUUUUACCCUAUUCUUCAAAUUGUCACCGAAAGAGAAGCUGCGAGAUGCUCGGCAAGUGGUGUAGAGUCUGAAGUUUCUAGAACUAAUCAACCAGCGCCAGUUUUAACAGUUUCCUCUAAUUUUGAGCCAAGGAAAUCACGCAGCAUAUCACCUUUUCCUUUACCAACUUCCCAGUCAAUUGUAUUUCGUCCAGAUGCAAUUUUCAUGUUGCUGAGGAAAGCUUUUAUAGAUAAUGAUUUGGGAGCUGUAUGCAAAGUGGCUUCAAAGAUCCUCCAUUACCUUGCAGAGACAACCUCAGCACAAGAAGAAUCAUCUUUUUCAACUAGAGAGACAUCAUCUCUGCUUGAAGAAGAACCAGGGUCAAAAUCAUAUCAUGUUGCUUUAUCAGAAUAUUCGGAGUUGUUUGGGGACCAAUUUCUCGUUCCAAUGGUUGAUUGGAAUCCUAGUUAUAUAAGUGUCCUUGAUAUCGGGGCUGUAGAGGAAGGGAUUUUGCAUGUUUUAUAUGCUUGUGCUUCACAGCCGUUGCUUUGCAGCAAGUUGGCAGAAAGUGCUACUGACUUUUGGUUGGCGUUACCUCUUAUACAAGCACUGUUACCAGCUCUUCGCCCAGCUAGUUGUCCACUCAGUGUUGAUGAUACUUUCUCGCAGUGGAUGCAACCUUUUGUACAACAAGGCUUAUCUAAGAUCGUAUCAACAUUGUCUUCAUCGGCGUAUCAUCCACUUCUUCAUGGUUGUGCUGGCUAUUUGUCUUCUUUUUCACCUUCUCAUGCAAAAACUGCUGGUGUCUUGAUUGACUUGUGCAGCAGCUCACUUGCACCUUGGAUGCCUCGAAUCAUUGCCAAGUUAGACUUGGCUGUGGAGCUUCUAGAAGAUCUUUUGGGUGUUAUUCAGGGUGAACAUCACUCCGUAGUACGUGUCCGUGCUGCCCUUAAAUACCUUGUGCUGGCUUUAUCUGGCUACAUGGAUGAUGUACUGGCUGCAUACAAGGAAGCAAAGCUUAAAGUUUUAUUUCUCGUUGAGAUGCUGGAGUCUUUUCUCGAGCCAGCCAUUUCUGCCUCACAAAGCAUUAUAACCUCUGCUGAAUUCUCUUAUACUUUCCGCAAUGUUCACGAAAAUACUUGUGCCAUUGCACUUCAAGUGAUCCGUGCAGCUGUGAGAAAGCCUUCUGUUCUCCCCUCAUUGGAGCAGGAAUGGCGGCUUGGAUCAGUACCUCCUAGUGUUCUUCUCUCCAUUUUGGACCCACAUCUGCAAUUACCGCCUGAGAUUGACUUUUGUAAGCCUUCUUCCUCCAAGCCUGAUAAAGAAAUUAUGAUUUCGUUGCCGGAUGCAGCUUGUGGAGGAAACUCUCUAAAGUCCUAUGGUCCAGAUGAAGGGGAUGGAGUGACAGAUGGUCCUGCCAAAGUGGAUAUUAUAGAAGAUGCCAGCCUCUUUUUUGCCCCUGAGGAGCUGAGAAAUCUGACACUUGUGAACUCUUUUAAGAAUGUUACUAAUGGUGUGCAGGCUAGACAUUCAGAUCCCAACUGUGAAAAUACACCAGUUACAAGGGAAGAAAAAAGUACUCGAGUUCACAAGUGUGCUGUAUCGCAUGCUGGAAUUUCGAUGAAAUAUUUCAGCUUGCAUCUUGAUCAUACCCAACUUCUAGACUAUGAGAUUUGCAAAUCUCGGGCAUCCGAGUUUCAGCGUUUGGCAUUGGACUUGCAUUCUCAGAAUAAUGUUAACCUUGAGGGUCAUACUGCUGCAAUAGAUGCUUUGAUCCUGUCCGCUGAAUGCUAUAUCAAUCCCUUCAUGACGUCUGUUAAAGAGCAUUCAGUGGUUAGUGAUCUAGUGAAUUUUCAAGGGACAAAAUAUCCCCAUGACCGUGAGGUUUCAGAACUCAGGAAAGCCCUAGAAAAAGGGAACUGCAAUCUAGAAACAAUAAGUCAGCUUGAGAGGAAAAGAGACAAAGUGUUUGUCCAGAUAUUGCUUGAAGCUGCUGAGAUGGACAGGAGUUAUAACCAAAGAGUGUCUGAUGGAGAUCAGUGUCCAUAUGGUGCUGGGAUUGAUGAAGAUCUUGGAAGUUUUUCUGUGAAUGAUGAUGCAUCAGUUGAUGCAAUAACAUUGGUUAGGAGAAACCAAGAUUUGUUGUGCAAUUUCUUAAUUUAUCAGUUGCAAAGAGAGCAGCAUCCAUUACAUGAGACUCUCAUGCAGUCUCUUGUGUUCUUGUUACAUUCCGCCACUAAGCUUGUCUGUUCUCCUGAAAAUGUGAUUGACAUUAUAUUAGCUUCAGCUAAGCACCUUAACAGGUUUUUGAUAUCCACCCUUCACCACUGCAAACAGGGGAAUCUGCAGUUUAGCCCAGAUAAAAUAUAUCGAGUGCAAAGGCACUGGAUGAUUCUUCAAAGCUUGGUCAUUGCUUCUAGUGGAGGAGGCAGUAAAUCAAACAAUGUAUUCAAUGUGAGUGGUUGUCAGUAUAGCAAUUUGAUUCCUCCAUCAACUUGGAUAAGCAAGAUACCAACAUUCUCUUCUUGUGCUUUCCCUCUGGUCCGCUAUCUUGGUUGGACGGCUGUGUCACGAAACGCUAAUGGAUACCUGACCCAAUGUCUUUUCCUUCCAUCAAAUUUGUCACAACUGACAAACUUAUUAUCCAUAUUUGCUGAUGAUCUGGCAGUGAUGGACUUUGGUGUGGACAAGAAAGAGGUUCUGGAUUUGGAAGAGUUAGAAGGAAAUCAAGAUACCAGCAUGGCAGAUAAAUUCUCUCAGCAGCAGUAUCAAGCCCAGUCGUUUAAUGUGUUAUACCCAGAUCUGAGUAACCUCUUACCUGACAUGCAAAAAGAUUUUAAAGCUUUCAGAGAAACUAUUUUGGAGGCUGUUUCACUGCUGUUGAGAUCUCUUGCAUCAACUGCAGUUCCAGAUAUAUUGAGUUGGUUUUCUGAUCUUUGCCUGUCGCCCUUCCUCCAGAAGACAGACAAUUCCCGUGAUAGUUCUCCCCCAGUUAAAGGUCACCUUGCAAAAAAUGCGAAGGCGAUCAUUUUAUUUGUACUUGAAGCGAUUAUAAGUGAGCACAUGGAAGCAGUCAUUCCGGAGAUACCGAGAUUGGUGCAAGUGCUUGGGUCUUUGUGCAGAAGCUCUUAUUGUGAUGCAUCAUUUCUCAGGUCUGUAUUACGCUUACUAAAACCCAUAAUUUCAUAUUCUUUGACCAAGAGCUCUAACACAGAAAACCAUCUAAUUGGUCAAUCAUGUCUUGAUUUUGAGAGUCUAUGCUUUGAUGAGCUCUUUACAUACAUUAGAAUGGAGCAAGAGAAUUUGGAUUCUUCCACCAAAAAGGUCGAAAAGGCUCUCAUUAUUUUCAUUUUAGCUUCUGUCUUUCGUGAUUUGUCGUUUGAUCGUAAAAGGGAGGUCAUACAGUCAUCUGUCAAGUGGGUAGAUUUUCCAACGUUUGAGUCGACAACUAAAAUUUAUGACUACCUUUGCUCCUUCCAGCAACUUCUGCAAAGUUGUAAUGACUUUCUAGUGGAAAACUUAGGAGUACUUGGUCUUAUACCAAUGCCUCACUUUGAUAAUGUAAAUGUUCAGCCACAUGAAAACAAUGGAUCAGAAUCUGAUGCAUGGUUUCCUGAUGAUUUCUGUUAUGGUUGUGAAAAAGAGGAGACUGAGAGGACUGAAAGAGAUAACAGUACUGGUUCUGCGGUAGGUACUGACGUUCAUCAUCCGUCUUUAGAAGAGAUAGAAGGCUUCUGUGGGGAUAUAAGCAGUCUCAUUUCUAAGUUAAAUAAAACAAUUGAAUUAUGUUGGAAUCUGCAUCCUCAACUCUCCAGGAGUCUUGCUGUUUAUUCUUCCCAGUGCUUGAUGUACUGUAGAUGCUUAUCUUCUGUUAUGAAUGAAGUUUCUGGUCUGGAAGUUCACAACACAUUGAUCUUUAAGAGUUUUGAUGAAUUUUUUGCUCAUUGGAAGAAUGGUAUUGAAGGGCUUGCUGAAAAUAUUACUCUGGUUCAGGAGAUGAGUUGCUGGGAAGUUGCGUCCACUAUGGUUGAUUGUUUACUCAAACUACCAGCAUUUUGUAGCCUGGAUAAUGUGGUUGCUACACUUAGCUCUGUGAUUGAAAAUAUCAUGUUUAAUGCCCCAAAGAUUUCCUGGCGCUUGCAAACUGAUAAAUGGUUGUCCAAUUUAUUUUCAAGAGGAAUUCUUAUGCAUGAGAGUGGGAUAUGUCUAGUUGAAUUAAUUUCUAAAAUGUUGAGCCACCCUGAGCCAGAGCAACGUUUUACUGCACUUCUGCAUUUAGGUAGACUCUUUGGACUAGAUGUGAACGGCGGAUGGGUCGUGCUCACUUCUCCAUGUUUUGACAAAUUAGCUUCACAAAAUAGUGUUGUUUGCAUCUCAGAAUCAGUCUUAUCCCGGCUUGUUUCGUACACAUGGGAUCAAGUAGCCCUUAUGGCUUCUGUAGACGCGUCACUGCACUUGAGGACUGUUGCUAAGGCGCUUCUUGUUCAUUUUAUUCCAUUUGCGAAUCGAGCCAAAUUGCAAUCUUUUCUUGAAACUGCUGACACUAGUAUACAGGCGUUGGGAAAUUUCGCAUAUCCCAUGGGUGAUGGUCUGUUUGGUCAACUUCAAUUGGCACUUAUUGCUGGUGCUUGCCUGUACUGCCCAGCUGAAGAUAUGUCAUUGGUCCCUCAGAAUGUUUGGAGAUAUAUAGAGAGCAUAGGAGGCUCAAAGUCAGGAAGAGUUGGGGAAAUGGAGAAGAGGAUCUGCCAAGCUUUGUGUAAAGUUAAAUGUGAAGAAGAUGAAGCCAAAGAAGUCCUGAAGGAAGCACUUUCGUCUUGUCCAUCAAAAGACUUUGACCCUGAGUUCGGGAAUACUCGUGAAUCUGUGCUGCAGGUUCUUGCUAAUUUAACAUCUGUAGAAUCGUACUUUGAUAUAUUUGCUGAAAAGAUGGACCAAGAAGCUAGAGAGUUGGAGGAGGCUGAACUGGAGAUAGACAUUCUUCAAAAGGAACUUCCACAGCUGGAUAAUUAUCAUCGGAAUGAAAUAGCCUUUCUUUCCAUUUCAAAGGACAGUCAUCGUCUGCAGCAAAUUAAGGAUGGCAUUCGUUCUUUGGAGAAAUCUAGAAUAAAGGAAGAGAUUAUGGAGCGGAGGAAGAAGAAACUUUUGUUGAGACACAGGCGCCAGAAAUAUCUCGAAGAAGCUGAUUUACAGGAAGCAGAACGACUGCAAGAACUUGAUAGACAAAGAACUUCAGAAAUGGAAAAGGAUAUUGAAAGACAACGGUUGCUGGAGCAAGAGCGUGCCAAAACCAAUGAACUCCGGUAUAAUCUUGAUUUAGAGAAAGAAAAGCAGACACAGAGAGAAAUUCAACGUGAGCUAGAGCAAGUGGAGUCUGGGAGCAGACCACCGCGAAGAGAAUUUUCUUCUUCCACCCAUAGCAGCCGUCCACGUGAUCGGUAUCGGGACAGAGAGAGUGGGAGGUCCAACGCUGAUGGCAGUGUAAGAGCAAGUACUAGCAGCUUACCACCUGAUAUGCCACUCAACACUCAGUCUCUUACUACAACACCCACUGUCGUUCUCUCAGGUUCGAGGACAUUCCCAGUUCAGCCCCCAACAAUCCUCCAAGCACGUGAUCGUGUAGAUGAGUGUAGCAGCAGUUACGAGGAGAACUUGGAUGGCAGCAAGGAUUCUGGAGACACUGGGAGCACUGGUGACCCUGAGCUAGGACCGGGAUUUGAUGGCCUCGCUGGUGGAUUUGGUUCUUCGCAACGACAUGGAUCAAGAGGAAGCAAGUCCAGGCAAAUCUUGGAGAGAAGAGAACGAGACGGAAGACGUGAAGGAAAAUGGGAGAGAAAACAAUCAUAGUUGAUCAAUUAUGAGAUUCCGACCAACUUUUGAUUGUACAGGUGAGCUACAAUUGAAGAAUGGACCAGAGGUACAUAACAUGCCGAAAGCGGUAAUGUCAGUUUGUUUAGUAAACUGUUGUAUUAUUGUUGUUGCAUUGUUGUAUGGCCAAAUGAAUGCUCAAUGCUCUCAAAUGGCUAAUGAUGUGAUAGCCGAUGUAGUUCUCAUGAAUAUGAUCUAGGAAACUGUAGCAAUCACCGGAGGAUGAAUGUUAGGGAUAAGUAUGUUACAAGGUUGUAUAUAGUUUCGAGUUAAGAAAUUUUACAUUUACAGGCCACACACAUUUUGUCCCCGUUUUAGGUAAAACUAGUAAAUUCUCUGCUGUUGCGGCAUUGUCA